AAUAUGUCGAUGUAUGUCGUCUCCUCGGUCGAGUCUUUUCUUUCGUUUCGCUAUGUACGUCGUUUGGGCUAGAUAUUAAACAAUCGUGUUUACUUCUUUCAAUUGAGUUAAAGCUGAAGCUUCUCUACAAGGAGGAAUCGACGAUAAAGUCAUGAUCGUUCUCGGCGUCGAUUCAACUCGUCUUGAACAUCGGAGUGUUAUUUACAACACAGUUUCAGUUUACAAAUGAAAGAGUUGUUCGAAUCCACUGUUAAGUACAACUUAAAGCGUGCUUGAUCUCAUAACCAAUCGUAAAUGGCUGACACUUAUCAAUUGAUAAAGUAAUCGACGCAUUUUUUUGCAACGCUUAACCUAGACGUUAUCGCAACACAGAUAGGAGUCAGUGGACUUUGUUUCGGAGUAAUUAAGGAUAGAAAUGGUUUUAAAGUCAUUUAAAGUAGAUUUACGAUACAAAUUUAUUUAAAAAAGUUAGGAUAAAGAUAGUGAAACGAUGGAAGUCUAAGUGUUUUUGCAUUAAGAAGCUUUAAAAAGUUUUAGAGAAUCAGGAAUUUUUACUGACAAUUUUUAUUGAGAAUUCAUUGACUGCAGAGUUCAUCUACAAAGAAAAAAUGCUUUAUUUGUGUGGAAGGAUCUUUUAUUAUUUUUUGAUUACAAAAAAUAAACAAGCACUUAAAUGGCUAAAAAAUUAAGAUAUACCAUCAAAAUAUAUUGAUUGAGGCAAAUAUAAAAGUUAUAGCUGACCAAUUUGCCAUACUUUGCUUAAUAAUAUGGUGAUGGCAGGAAACGAAAAUGUGCCAGGAGCCUUGGCAGAUGAUCCAAUAUCUGCAAGACUACAAUGGCUGCGUCAACGCAGAGAAGCUUUGCAAGAGAAGCUUGCCCAAAAGAACAAUGAGUUGAAAAACCUGUGUGUGGAAGAAGCAGAAAUAACAGGAGUUUUACCACCAGAAAUACCUCUGGAGCCUGGUGAAAGUCCACCAACUUUUCGUAGAAAAGUUGGCACUUCUUUUAUAUGUCCACAAAAAUUAAUCAACAAGCUGAAGACUACUGACAUUGAGGAGUCAGAAUUGGAAUUGGAAAGACAAGUACAGCUCGAAAUUGUGGAAACUGCGUUGGAUAUUGUUAAUAACCCCACAGAAAGUAAGGCCACGCGACGCAAGCACAGGCUUGCUUAUCAACAAAGUCAGAAAAGAUUACAAGAGCUGGAGACAAAGCUGAACUUUAUCAGGCAAGCUCGUGGUAAAGUGCAGCGACCAAUCCAAUUGCCGGCACACACAGGAAAUUACAAUACGCAACCACAUUCACAUGUUAACGUGAAGCACAGGACAAAGAAGCCACGGCCACCGUUAGAUAAUACAGGAAAUGAAAUAACAUCUCCAAAGUCUGUUGGAAGAAGCAUACUUCACGAACCCGGUAUUAGUUUGAGUCCCUUGGCAUCUGAAGACAAGUCGAAUACUUAUAUCGGACAUGGAUACGAGGAGCAGUUAACCGUAUCGAACAUUUCUAAUCAUCAUCACAGUGCCACUUAUCCCAGGGUGAGCCCCAUCGAACAACCGAGCAUUAAGAUCGUAGAGCACGAUCACAACGAUAAUCAUAAUGUCUACAUUUUACCUGAACAAUUUCGCGCGCGUACGUAUUCCCACGGAAGUGGCGGAUCUCGCGGCCAUUACCAGGACACCGAGAGAACAUCUUAUCGGCCUUACGUACCAAAUACUUAUACCGAGGACGAGCGUCAAAUGCGCUACCGUCAAUUCCAACAUUUGCAGAAGCAACAGCAAUUGCAGGAUCAAAUGCAGCAGACUCAGAGGCUACAGUAUACAGGGUCCUUUGAGUCCUACAAACAUUUAGAUAAUGCAGAUGUUAUACGGAGAAGUGGUUCGGGAACUUACGAUAGAGAUUUUCGCGCAUCUCAUUAUUUACCCGUCGAUUAUCAGGCCUACUAUAAGAACAGCACACAAUCUCAGCAAAUUUUACAUAGACGAGAACGUGACUCGUCAUUACCAUCCUGUGUUAAGAACACCUCGCGACACAGUGGCAGCAGUGCAUCAAUUGAGGCGCAAUUAACUUCUGGAUACUGGGUGCGCUACAACGACGACAUUCACUGGGUGAGCAUGGACGAGCCUGAUAGAUUUGGUAGUUUGGACCGUAGACGCCGGAAUGCUCAGCACAAUAAUGGAGUCGGUAGCGCGAAUCUAGAUACUCAGUCGCGUUACCGCACUGUCGCAGUCGCGUGUACUAAAAGCUCGUCGAAUAGCAACGUCACCGCAUCGUCUCAUCAGCAUCACUCCGUUCAUUUGUUGCCGCUGUCCGAGCAAACAACGCCGACGAACAACAAUAAGAUGCUGCUGCGCACACAGUCAUUGGGAAGUGUGGAAACCUGGCAGUCGAGUCAUUUGCACGAUUCGCAUGACAGCAAGGAUGCACCUACAAUGGAGUACGCCAACAAUAAUCGUAAGAGUCGUCAAAAAGAAUGGUACGAAACAUCAUUGGAUGUGGGAGUAAGUGCGGAUUUGGAUCAAAAUUUAAUCGUUGCGCGAAAGAACGUGCAUUAUCAAUCGAGUCCUCCACUUGCUCGUAUCAAAACUGCCAUUAAUGAGAAUGCAAGAGACAAUCAGACGACCAAUGGACCACCACCGCCGAUGAGUCCGGUGAACCAUCAUAAGAGAGACAAGCCCGAGGAGCGACAGCACGUGAUGCAACAAACUCAUUCUCGUUACGAUCAGCCUUCGAUGAAACCAAAGGUGUUAGAAAUACCAGCCGAAUCGAAGCCGUCCUUGGACGUCUGCGACAACGCAAUACAACCGUUGAGCUCGCCGAAAAACUGCACGGUUGUACAACCGGGAAAGUAUCAGCCGUACAGGGAAGUGACAAAGCCUUUUGAGAUGUCUGAUUUUUAUAAGUACUCGACAAAAUUUCGUAAGAGGAAUGAGGCUGCCGCACAGUCUCAAAUCGGAAAUGGAGAUUCGCCACUUCAGGAGAACCGUCCCGCGGAAACAAACAUCGCUGAUUUAUCCAGGGAUCCCAAUUCCUACAAUUUCGGGCAAAACAGUAAUACCGCUAGUCCGAUACAAAGAAGGCUUUAUCAGCCGGUACAGCGUAUGACUUGUCAACCUUAUCUCUCAUCGUUGAGAUAAUUGUUUGAUCACAUGGAUGUAAGAUUUCAUUCAUGUGGUCAUGUUAUCACACAAAUGAUUUACGGAAUCAUUCACUUGUAAAUAGGCUGGUCCUAUGGAUAAUUAUUUUGUAUUCUUUAGUUACGAUCGAUUUACUAAUUGCAGCACAUUAACAAGGUAUUCCGCAUUAACGCUUCUUCAUAUAUUUCUUGGCUUUAAAUUGAUCAGAGACUGUAUUUAUUGAAUAUUGAUGCAAUGGGAUACAAUAAGAUCUGUGUAUAUAUAUGCCGAAGACAUUUAAUGAAACACAAUUUUGUGUUCAUAUCACAUAUCUUUCGUUUUUCUUUUAAGAAUCAAUUAUUCAUCAAUAUCAAUCUCGAUUUAUCUAUUAUACAUACAUACAGAUUUUAUUUUAGAAAAUUUCAGUAUUCAUAUCGCGCAUGUAUAUAUGAAAUGUUCCACAAAAAUGAAGGAAAAGUAAAGAAUUGUAAGAAUAACAUAAUUCUGAUCUCGACGUCGAUUAUAAUAUUAAUUAAUAUUGGGACCUGAAUAGUGCCUUUUAUUAAUAGAAGUAUCAAGUUGAUAAUAAUAUUAUAGUAUUAAAAUAUUUUGAAAUUACACCUUAAUAUGAAUUAAUAAUUUUAAUAACUCUCAACUUCUUGACUUGGUAUAAUUACUCAUAAUUGCGUUCUGGAUUUUAUAUUUUUUUAUAAACGAUAUAAACUGGUUUUUUGGAGAUAUUGUCAGAUUGACAAGAUAUUAAAUGUUUGUUGUUAAAUCUUUUCCUCAAUUAUUAUAUCAUUAAAUAAUUUUGAAAGUUUGCAGUUGUUACAUAUACUCUAUUUUUAGAGUUUUAUAUUUUCUACUAAGAGUCUACAUAUCUCUUACGACUGAAUAUGAAAAUAUGCAUUUUUAUACAGUUUGAUAUUGUAAUAUUCAAUUUCACUUCUAUACGAAAAAUAAUAAAAGUGUGUGUUCUUAAUCUUAGGACAAUAUUGAUAUAUACACAUAUGUGGAUAUUUUUAUACAUAAAUUGUUCAUAUUUGCAUUAUAUUUAUAUACCCCACCCGGCGUAUAAUAUAUUGAAAAGUAAAAUAAAUCUCACUAGAGAUUUAUUUUAUUUUUCUCACUUAUUUACCACAAUGUGUUCGCCGGGAAGCUUAAUGUUAAAUAUAUAUGCUUAAUUUACACAUUAGUCGCUAUUUAGUGCUUCUUGUAUAUAUCAAUUCGUAUCAGAAUUUUCUUCCUAUAAAAACGAUAUAUAGGUUGCUACUGUAUAACGUGCGUUACCUGAAAAGAAUUUAGAUUUAUUUGAUCCACAUGUUGGAAACGCUUUAGCAUCACAGACGUAGAAGAUAAUGGCCUUAUGUCUUAGCUGUGAUUAAUUAUGCGUUGUGCGUUGUAUGCUAUUUUUAAGAAAUCUUUUUGUACUACUUUAUACAAUUGGUCUGUGUCAAUAAAGACGUUUGAAUUAUAA